AUGUCUUUAUGUUUAGAGAUUGACAAAUUAUCCUGUAACUUUGAAGUUCUUAACAGUUGCCAAUGGACUCAAGAUUCCAGUGAUGAUUUUAAUUGGACCAGACAUCAACGUCGUACACCCUCAAGGAACACCGGUCCAAGUACAGAUCAUACCAAGAGAGCGGGUGAGUGUUAUAUUCUGUUGGCAGAAGUACCACCACCAUCACUUUCAUCACCAUCAUCACCACUACGAUCAUCAUUAUCAGCACUGUAUAUGUUGUUUUCAAUAGAUUGAUGAUUAAUAUUAUAGGGUUACAGUGGAACGCACGCGCAGGUAUAGUUUUGGAAUUAUUUCUUCGUCGGGUAUCAUCAUGUAAACAGCGACAACUUCCUCACAAUAGGUACUCGAUGUUUUAUGGAUGGAAUUAUAUUUAUUUAUAUAUGUAAAAUUUAAUUAUAGAGUAAAAUUUUAUACAUUUAUUAAACCUAACCAGGAGCAGCUGCAAAACAUGCAACUACAUGCCUUCGGACAGCUCCAGAGUCCAGCAGUUGCACAAAAUGCUGAUAUUUACCCAUAAAUCUUACCAUGGUAUCACCUUACUAUAUAUACAUGAACUUGCGGUUAGAGCCCGACAACUGGACUUUGUAGCUCAGCUGGUUAGAGCUCUUCAAGGUAGCAGUAUUCGUACUGUCGGCAUUUUAGUGUUGAUCAUUUCUACUACAAUCGAGUGAUAUGUAAUCGACAUUUAAAAUACUCAUUAAUAAUUCAUAAACCUUGUGACAAAUCAUGUCAGCCAUAAUAUGUCACGUGGAGUGACUUUAUAUUUGAUAAAACUCAUCUUCAUUAGCAUUCUUUAUAUAAUUGUUCAUCCUAAUUAGUAUUCUUUUGUAGUCGUAUUUUAAGCUGUUGAAAACACUCUUUGUCGUGUUUUAUCAGACAUAAAACGCUCGGCUGGGCCUGGUAAUUCCUUUUCAAAUCUUUUAUACAAAGUAAAAAUACAUCAAAACAGUAAAGUUCGCGCAACAAUCCAUUAUCAAUCUUCAUUCAUUAUAUCGUUACACUAUAUCAGUCUAAUAAAUUUGAUUAUUCUCCUAAUACAUUUUUCAACUUUAGUAAAUUUCAUGUCCGCAUGUGUACGUGUCCGUAUGUCUGCGUGUCCGCGUUUUCCACUGCUCUCUCCAACUUUUCAGCCUUAACCAACAUCACGUUUCUCAUUUCAGCAUCUGGUCGGUAUUUAUACAUCGAGACCUCAAGACCAAGGCAACCGAACGACACAGCUCGAUUGAUCUCGCCAUCGACAACAGAAGUCAAAUCCUGUCUCCUCUUUUGUUAUCACAUGUAUGGCCGUGAUGUGGGAGAACUUCGGGUAUUUAUUUUUAUUUCUGUAUUUAUUACUUAUUUAUUUCUAUUUAUUUAUAAACUUUCCGAAACAGUCCACAUGCAAGUGUCAUGGCAUCAGGUAAUCAGGGUCAACACUUAUGCAACAUACAUAAACGGAAAUUUUACACUUUACCGUACCCGAGUAAUCACUGACUACAUACGCUAUCAAAACAAGCCAUAAAAGGACGGAAGAAUUCACUAUCAGAAUACAAGAACGGAAGAACUCACCAUCAGAAUACAAGAACGGAAGAACUCACCAUCAGAAUACAAGAACAGAAGAACUCACCAUCAGAAUACAAGAACGGAAGAACUCACCAUCAGAAUACAAGAACGGAAGAACUCGCCAUCAAAAUACAAGAACGUACGACAGAACUCGCUAUCAGAAUACAAGAACGGAAGAACUCACCAUCAGAAUACAAGAACGGAAGAACUCACCAUCAGAAUACAAGAACGGAAGAACUCACCAUCAGAAUACAAGAACAGAAAAACUCACCAUCAGAAAACAAGAACGGAAGAACUCACCAUCAGAAUACAAGAACGGAAGAAUUCACUAUCAGAAUACAAGAACGGAAGAACUCAUCAUCAGAAUACAAGAACGGAAGAACUCACCAUCAGAAUACAAGAAUGGAAGAACUCACCAUCAGAACACAAGAACAGAAGAACUCAACAUCAGAAUACAAGAACGGAAGAACUCACCAUCAGAAUACAAGAACGGCAGAACUCGCUAUCAGAAUACAAGAACGGAAGAACUCACCAUCAGAAUACAAGAACGGAAGAACUCACCAUCAGAAUACAAGAACAGAAGAACUCACCAUCAGAAUAUAAGAACGGAAGAACUCACCAUCAGAAUACAAGAACAGAAGAACUCACCAUCAGAAUACAAGAACGGAAGAACUCACUAUCACAAUACAAGAACGGAAGAACUCACGACCAGAAUACAAGAACGGAAGAACUCACCAUCAGAAUACAAGAACAGAAGAACUCACCAUCAGAAUACAAGAACGGAAGAACUCACUAUCAGAAUACAAGAACGGAAGAACUCACCAUCAGAAUACAAGAACGGAAGAACUCACUAUCAGAAUACAAGAACGGAAGAACUCACCAUCAGAAUACAAGAACGGAAGAACCCACCAUCAGAAUACAAGAGCGGAAGAACUUACCAUCAGAAUACAAGAACGGAAGAACUUACUGUCAGAAUACAAGAACGGAAGAACUCACCAUCAGAAUACAAGAACAGAAGAACUCACCGUCAGAAUACAAGAACGGAAGAACUCACCAUCAGAAUACAAGAACGGGAGACCUCACCAUCAGAAUACAAGAACGGAAGAACUCACUAUCAGAAUACAAGAACGGAAGAACUCACCAUCAGAAUACAAGAACGGAAGAACUCACCAUCAGAAUACAAGAACGGAAGAACUCACUAUCAGAAUACAAGAACGGAAGAACUCACCAUCAGAAUACAAGAACGGAAGAGCUCACUAUCAGAGUACAAGAACGGAAGAACUCACUAUUAGAAUACAAGAACGGAAGAACUCACUAUCACAAUACAAGAACAGAAGAACUCACCAUCAGAAUACAAGAACGGAAGAACUCACCAUCAGAAUACAAGAACGGAAGAACUCACUAUCAGCAUACAAGAACGGAAGAACUCACCAUCAGAAUACAAGAACGGGAGAACUCACCAUCAGAAUACAAGAACGGAAGAACUCACUAUCAGAAUACAAGAACGGAAGAACUCACCAUCAGAAUACAAGAACGGAAGAACUCACCAUCAGAAUACAAGAACAGAAGAACUCACCAUCAGAAUACAAGAACGGAAGAACUCACCAUCAGAAUACAAGAACGGAAGAACUCACCAUCAGAAUACAAGAACGGGAGAACUCACCAUCAGAAUACAAGAACGGGAGAACUCACCAUCAGAAUACAAGAACGGAAGAACUCACCAUCAGAAUACAAGAACGGAAGAACUCACCAUCAGAAUACAAGAACGGAAGAGCUCACUAUCAGAGUACAAGAACGGAAGAACUCACUAUUAGAAUACAAGAACGGAAGAACUCACUAUCACAAUACAAGAACGGAAGAACUCACCACCAGAAUACAAGAACGGAAGAACUCACCAUCAGAAUACAAGAACAGAAGAACUCACCAUCAGAAUACAAGAACGGAAGAACUCACUAUCAGAAUACAAGAACGGAAGAACUCACCAUCAGAAUACAAGAACGGAAAAACUCACCAUCAGAAUAAAAGAACGGAAGAACUCGCCAUCAGAAUACAAGAACGGAAGAACUCACCAUCAGAAUACAAGAACGGAAGAACUCACUAUCAGAGUACAAGAACGGAAGAACUCACCAUCAGAAUACAAGAACGGAAGAACUCACUAUCACAAUACAAGAGCGGAAGAACUCACUACCAGAAUACAAGAACGGAAGAACUCACCAUCAGAAUACAAGAACGGAAGAACUCACCAUCAAAAUACAAGAACGGAAGAACUCACCAUCAGAAUACAAGAACGGAAGAACUCACCAUCAAAAUACAAGAACGGAAGAACUCGCCAUCAAAAUACAAGAACGGAAGAACUCACUAUCACAAUACAAGAACGGAAGAACUCACCAUCAGAAUACAAGAACGGAAGAAUUCACUAUCAGAAUACACGCCAUCUAUCGAAUACAUGCGGUCCUCGGUACAGUAAACUGUAGGGUACUCUACAUAUACAUAGUAUCAUACAUAAAAAUCCCUUGUCGGAGUGAAACCAACCAACCUAUAUUAUACUACACUAUAUUUUCUCGAUCUUUGUGGUAUCGAGUACUUUUCAACCUAUCGCAGAGGCUGAAAUAACAUCCAAAACUUGGCCGGCAUCCAUUUGGUAAAUUAUAUACGUCAGUAUAUAAAUAUUACUUUAUGCGAAACGCUGUACAUGCAGUAUAGUUUAAAUAAUACCAAUUCCAACAGAUUGCUCUUUUUGUUCGGAAAAAUGUCUGGCCAAUCUGGUAUUCGAUUGGAAAAACUGGUUGGAAAACGUCCGACACUAUUUCAGGUUCUCCUAUCGUGAACUGAAACACAUUCAUACACUGAUAAACAAAUAAAUAAAUAUAUAUAUAUAUAUAUAUAUAUAUAUAUAUAUAUAUAUAUAUAUAUAUAUAUAUAUAUAUAUAUAUAUAUAUAUAUAUAUAUAUAUAUAUAUAUAUAUAUAUAUAUAUAUAUAUAUAUAUAUAUAUAUAUAUAUAUAUAUAUAUAUAUAUAAUUUUAGGUCUACGUGCAAUCUGGGGGUAAGAUGGAUUCUCUGUGGACUCUUUCUGGAAAUCAAGGUGACAAAUGGCAUCAAGCAGAAGUCGCUGUGAACAAUCAAAAGGCGUCAUAUCAGGUAAGCAUGAAGAUCAGAGAACACCAAAUAUAACUGAAUCUAAAGAUAGCACAUAUAGGUGGCCCAGGUGGGUAUAGAAUUGAAAAUACCUGCUUGUUCAUUUGCUAAAUAUAUCUGAAGAUCAUCUACCAUGUAGGUAAUGGAAACGACCACACUUUUCUACUUUUCUUGCAGUAUGUAAUCGAAGGUGUACGUGGUAAAAAUUACAGGGGAGACAUUGCAAUUGAUGAUAUCUUUCUUAUGCAUUCAUGUAGAGGUAAGUUACUUGUGUACUAAUAUAUAGCUACGUAGGCCGAAGUACCAAGGUUCAGACUUUGACGAAAUACAUUAGUAAAGCUGCAUGAGGUACUUCCUGCCACGUAUAGGUUGUAACGAAUUUUUACGAUUUUAGAAAAUACUAACUUCGGCAGAUAACAUGCUGAAGGGAUUUAUACCAGGAGCAGUUGCAAAAAAUGCAACUGUAGGUCCUCUGGCAGGAAUCGAACCUGCGGCCAUGCGAUUCCGGUGCAGCACUGUAAACAACUGAGCUACAGAUCGAGUCACUGACUCAAUCUUUCCUUGUCUACUAUGUAUGGUUAUUUCAUUCGCCCAAGGUAAGUUUACUUCAGUUAAACCGGUUACUGUAGGUCGAGUAUUUAAUAAUGUAAGUAGAGUUUGGUUGGUUCUUUUAUGAGCUUUUCCCCCAGGUACUUGGGUUUUCUCCUUCAACAAAAACUAACCCUUGGUUCUUAGUUGUCAAAACAAGUGUAUCAUGAGCCUCAGAUUCCGGUGAAUUGGGCAACGAUACCAUGUCCUGUGCAUAUGAUGACGAUAUCGAUGGUUAUGAUAAUCAUGCUGAUGCAUAACUACUAAAAAAGAAAUUCAGGUCAACCACCACAAAUCAAAGUGUGUAUCCAACGAAAAAUGUUACAAUGGCAUAUAGAAAUGCAUGUUUCAAAUGGAUAGACCGAUAUAUACUACUAGAUUGACAUGCUCAGCUUCUAUGCUUAUCUCUCGCAAAACUAAAGUCAAUAUUUUCUUCUCCGUCCAUCACGAGCUUGCUUUAAUGGCACAGGACUGCUAAUUUUCGAAUGCCACCAGAAAUAAUUGUUGUGGCUCUCAUUUUGUUGCAGCGCCAUGCAAACGAAAAACAGACCUCAUCUUUGUACUCGACAGAUCAGGAAGUAUAGCGCCCGGAGAUUACGACAAAGUGCGUGAAUUUGUCAAGGAAAUAGCAAAAGAAUUGAAAGUUGGUGAAAGAAAUGAAGCAGGCGUGCUUAUCGGACAGGCUGCCAUAGUUACCUUUACUGAACUAGGCGAGAAAAGAAUAACAUUAGCAGAAAGCCGGGACGCAAGCAAAUUCUACGAUGUAGUUGAUAGGAUGCCUGGUCCAUUGCGAAGAGGUCUAACAAGAACACAUCGUGGUUUAGCAAUUGCUGAUAAAGAGAUCGCUAUUAAAGAAGCCGGAUAUCGUGAAGAUGAUCCUGAUGUUAAGAAAAUGAUCAUGGUUAUUACAGAUGGAAAACAGACUAGAGAAUCAGUUCGAAGGGGUUAUGUCUAUGUUGGACAAGCUAUGAAACCUUUCUUUAAUAGAAAUAUGGAUGUUUUUGCUAUUGGCGUUGGCUUGGACAAUUAUGCUGCAAUUAACGAAGUUAAAGAUAUGGUAGAAUUUCCUGAAAACGCAAUCCUUGCAGCUAACUAUAGCGACCUACUUCACAGAGUUGGAAGUAUCAUAAAGAAAUUAUGCCCAGGUAACCAUUGACAAAACAAUAAUUAUUACCACUUUGUAACGUUUUCAAUAAUACAAUAAAAAGUAAAAUGUUUUUUUUUCAUACAUAGUAAACGCAAUUUGAUUAUUGCAAGUCGAUCGUAGCCUUCAUAAUGUCUCCACUUAUAUUUGUUUUAGUGACUGACAUAUGUGGGACACCUGACGACGACUGCAGUGUAUUUGCUACAUGUGCUGACACAGGACCAGGAACCUAUAACUGCACCUGUAACAAAGGAUAUACUGGAAAUGGGAAAAUAUGCAAAGGUCUGUACAAUUAUCUAACAGAAGUUUCUGUUAGAAAGAGAUGUAAUGUUCGAGUUGCUUUCAUAACAUUAGUAUUUAAAUGGAUUGAACCACAUAAAAUCAAACUAAUAUAUUUCUGAGAAUGAGGAUCAAAAACCGAACCAUAACCAUGCUCAAGGGAGUCAAGGCGGCUAAUAUAUGUACAGACCGCAGCAUCCAAAUUAUAUUGUUCCAGGUAUUACAACGUUUGUACAUUCAAUUGACUACUUGUUAAUUUUUUGCUCUAGGUGUAACCGUCAAUUUUACAAAGAAAGCUUACAGCGGCAAAGAGGGUGAACCGGCUUUACUCGAAAUUAUUGUUAGUGCAGGGAAUAUAAGUGAACCGAUAAUUAUAAGGUAAUGAAAUUCUACAAAGAUACAACAUUCUUCCAAAUUAUACCGUUUCCGUAAGAUACAGUUAUUGAUUGGUUUAACAGAUAAUCCAGCCUGCUAUUUCACCAGUUUCGAACGUAUUUUCCGAGCCCUUCAUGACACGACGAGAAAAAAAUACGAGUAACAGUGCUUCGCUGAGGGGACAGACUUAAUAUAAUUAGUUAAUAUUAACAGGUUGAACAACUUACAUUUAAAGUAAACAAUCUAGUUUGAUUGACAUUUGUCUACAUUAAUAUUCCGAACAGAGCAGAACUGAACAAAGGUUUACCCGCUAACCAGGCAGUAUUUAUAAGUUGAAACAAGCUAACCAGUAUUACUAACCAGAUAAAGUAAGUAUUUACGCCAGGAUGUAAACGUGGGAAGCCUCACAGAAGUAAGUUUAUCUUAUUUAUGUAUUAAUGUAAUCAGGGGCGGCGCUAACCGUCUUCGAGUGGGGGGGGUGAGUGAUCUUUUGCCGACUGUUGCUUGGUUAUUUUGUCGAGUCAUUAGCCUAUCGUGAGGGUUCUGAAGGGGGGGGGGGUUACCAAUCGCAUUUUCCACCUGAAAUUUUGGCAAAAUUCCAGUCCAAGUUGGAUUUUUAUUAGAAAUCCCAGUCCGUGUCAGUUGAAAUCCCAGUCAAUAAAAAACCUUUUAUUUAUCGGUACAAUAGACAGUUUUCAGACCUUUUAAGCCACCGUUAGUGAAAGUGGCGGCCACUUUAUGAAAUUUUUUUUUUUGGAGGGGGGACGGUGCCAAAGACACGGAAAAUUUUUAAAUUUGAAUGCGGAAAUGGCAUUUGCAUCAUUCUGAAACACGCAUAAUCAGAAAACCCAGAAUUCCGGGCGCUCGAGUAUGCUUGUUCGCAGGUAGUGCUGUGAAUAAUAUAGUUAACAACAUGACUAAAGACACCAAAAACGGAUCAAAAUUGUGAAUCGGCUCACAUUACUUCAGGAAGGAAAUUCUACAAAGAUACAACAUUCUUCCAAAUUAUACCGUUUCCGUAAGAUACACUUAUUGAUUGGUUUAACAGAUAAUCCAGCCUGCUAUUUCAGCAGUUUCGAACGUAUUUUCCGGGCCCUUCAUGACAUGACGAGAAAAAAAUGCGAGAAACAGGUAUAAAAUACAAGACAUAAUUGUACGUAAAACGGUUUGAAUCGGAUUUUUAUAUACAUCAAUAUUUUGACAAAUGGAAAAAGUUUUUCGGAACCCGCAUUAAUUAAGUAAAAAAUAAAAGCGGAUGAGGGGUUACAGCUCCCCUCCCACCCUGAAUGUGAAUAUAUCCCAUGAAUAUGCGAAUAUGUCUGUCAUCGUUUCUAAACUGCAUUCUCUACAUUUUGGCUGCAUAUACGGACUUUUUCUUUUGUUUGUAACUUACUCAUAAUUUUAUUUAGGGACUGUACCUUCCAAGGAUCUCGGAAAGUGACCAUUGUUAGGAAAACAAAUUGCCAUAAAAUGUACGUGUCAAAAUACAAGUUUACUUUCUUUAACAGUGUUACUUCAAGUGCAAAGACAGCUGGAGAUGAUGAUUUUGUUCCUCAAACCGUGGAUGUCAUUCUUGAACAGGGCGAGACUGGUCCAAAGUCGAUCCGCAUUAACAUCAUAGAUGAUGAUUUUGUUGAAUCCAAAGAAGAAUUUACAGUCACCUUGUCGUCUUCCUCACCUGGGGUAACAGUUGGUGAACCUGCAACUGUGAUCAUUAAAGAUAAUGAUAAGUCAGGUAGGCUUUACGCAAUAUGAAAUAAUCGGGAAACAUAGCCUCUAUGCUUAUCUCUCGCAAAACUAAAGUCGAUAUUUUUCUUCUCCGUCCAUCACGAGCUUGCUUUAAUGGCACAGGACUGCUAAUUUUCGAAUGCCACACGAAAUAAUUGUUGUUGCUCUCAUUUUGUUGCAGCGCCAUGCAAACGAAAAACAGACCUCAUCUUUGUACUCGACAGAUCAGGAAGUAUAGCGCCCAGAGAUUACGACAAAAUGCGUGAAUUUGUCAAGGAAAUUGCAAAAGAAUUGAAAGUUGGUGAAAGAAAUGAAGCAGGCGUGCCUAUCGGACAGGCUGCCAUAGUUACCUUUAGUGAAGGAGGCCAGAAAAGAGUAACAUUAGCAGAAAGCCGGGACGCAAACAAAUUCUACGAUGUAGUUGAUAGGAUGCCUGGUCCAUUGCAAAGAGGUCGAACACAAACACGUCGUGGUUUAGCAAUUGCUGAUAAAGAGAUCGCUAUUAAAGAAGCCGGAUAUCGUGAAGAUGAUCCUGAUGUUAAGAAAAUGAUCAUGGUUAUUACAGAUGGAAAACAGACUAGAGAAUCAGUUCGAAGGGGUUAUGUCUAUGUUGGAGAAGCAAUGAAACCUUUCUUUAAUAGAAAUAUGGAUGUUUUUGCUAUUGGCGUUGGCUUGGACAAUUAUGCUGCAAUUAACGAAGUUAAAGAUAUGGUAGAAUUUCCUGAAAACGCAAUCCUUGCAGCUAACUAUAGCGACCUACUUCACAGAGUUGGAAGUAUCAUAAGGAAAUUCUGCCCUGGUAACCAUUGACAAAACAAUAAUAAUUCCAUUUUGUAACGUUUUCAAUAAUACAAUAAAAAGUAAAAUGUUUUUCUCAUACAAGGUAUGUGAAAAUGGUAUAUUGUCCCAACAACUUCUGAAAGUGAUUCUAUACGCUUCAGGUUUUUCUGUAAUAAAAUUUCCCUCUGAAUCCAUUUAACCACAAACUGAGACUUUUUAAUUUAUUAACCACCUCCUCCGCAUGACUUGCCUUAGUUCCAAUUAUGCCGCCUGGG